UUAGGUCAUCCAUUACCAGAGAAAUUCUCCAGCAGGUUUUUUGGAAACAGCCGAAACCUGUUGGAGCAGGUACGGAGCAUGAAAACGAAUCUAUGCCCGGCUAAAAAGUUGUGGCUGUUUGUUCUCCUGCACAAAGCAGAAUUGCAAGCAAAGAGGAUAAAGAAAGAAGGAGGGCAGGAUUGCAGGAGUCUCUUGAGAAGGACCAAAACUCAAAGAUGCACCAGGGUCGCCUGCGUUUACGGCCAUGGCUGGAAGAACAGAUUCGGUCAGGGAGAUAUCCAGGAGUCGUAUGGCUAGAUGAAACUGCUCAGGUCUUCCAGAUUCCUUGGAAACAUGCCGCUCGACAUGGCUGGAAUAUAGACAAGGACGCCACUUUGUUCCGAAACUGGGCCAUUCAUACAGGGAGAUACAAACCUGGUGUUGACAAACCAGAUCCCAAGACUUGGAAAGCCAACUUCCGCUGUGCUCUCAACUCCUUGCCAGACGUCCAAGAGCUUAGAGACAAAAGCAUUAAGAAAGGUCACAAUGCUUUUAGGGUGUAUAUUCUACUCCCCAACAGCAAAUUGCCAAAGAAGGGAAAAGUGUCCAGCUUAGACAUGGAGAAUGCCAGAGUUGGUUUGCCUGCAUUACGACCACACACCACUGCACAUCUGGAAAGGUUUACAGAAGCUUUUUGGAAGUAUAAGGACGACGCCCGAGGUGUUCCUCCUGAGAUGUUUGCUAAAAACUGCCACUCAUCUUUACCAACAGUGAAAGAAGAACGCUCAGCUACCUACUGCUGUUCCCCAACCAACGGCGGCAUGACAGCACAUGAAGUUCAAGCAAAUGCAAUGGAAGACCAUGAGCAGACUGAAGCAGUGUUAAAGAUAGUAGACCACCUACAGAACACAGACCAUUGGAGCCCUUUGCAUGAGCAUGAAAGAGGCUGGAGACCAGCAAAUUCCUGGAUGGAAGGUCUUCAUGAAACAAUGGACUGUUCUAGCUACCCCUUCCAGGCAGAUUGGCACAAUCACAACAUGACAAGUCAAUUUGUCUGAAUAAACCAACAAGGCAGCUGAUCAGAGCACUUCAUCCACGGUGGAUCACAUGCACACAAAAAGUGCAAAUCAAAUACAGCACACAACUAACGGACCUGUUCAAGAACCCUAUAAGCAUGACUGCCUGUAAAUGACUAUAAAGCUCGUCACUAUUAAGCUAUAACCAUAUUUUGUGUGAAACACAGAAGAGCUGUAUGUAUCAAAACUAUCAUUUAAGCUUGAGACUGUAAUGUUUUUUCUUUUAUUUCCCUGAAUUGUAAAGAUGACGGUAAAAAAAAAUACAAGUGACUUUAGUCUGCGUUAUAUUACAUAUAGAGGACGUCUAUUAAGACGCAUUCUAUUUAAAUGAAGAUGAAGUGGUGCUUUAACAUUGUCCCCGCCCCCUGUAAUCACUACGGUCACUUGUGCAAAGUAUCUUCACAUCCAGAACUUUGUCACUCCUACAUUGCUUUUAUUAUGAAUAAAAUUUUUAUAAAUAAUUUUA